AGGUGUUCACCAUCUUGAUCAAAUCUGCUCUGCUCUUUUUCGGCCCGCGCCGUCGACCGGAGGCUUGGGGGGAUGGCCGGCGGCGACCUGCGCAGCCUUACGGCGGUCGCGGCCGGCGUGGCCGCUGCCAUGUCGUAUGUCCGCUUCGCCGCGCGCCGCCUCCGCCCUGGGCUGCCCCGCCUCGCCGCGUUCGUCCCGGUGCUCGCCGUGCUCCCGGUCCUCCCGCUCGCGUUCCGCGCGCUCCAUCUCCGGGCCGUCUCCGGGUUCUUCCUCGCCUGGCUCGCCGAGUUCAAGCUGCUGCUCCUCGCCUCGGGGGGGCAGGGCCCGCUCGACGCGUCCCUCCCUCUGCCCGCCUUCGUCGCCGUCGCCUCCUUGCCCGUCCGGCAGCGAAGGCCUGCAGGUUCCGAGAACGCCCCGCGCUCGGGCCUUGGCCUCGUCACGUCCGCCGUGAUGGCCGCGCUGCUCGCGGCCAUCGUGUCGCUGUACCGGCACGGGGAGAAGAUGAACAAUUACGCCCUGUUGAUGCUGUACUCGCUGCACGUCUACCUGUCGCUGGAGCUCAUCCUGGCGUUCACGGCGGCGGCGGCGCGCGUGGUGAUGGGGAUGGAUCUGGAGCCGCAGUUCGACCGGCCGUACCUGUCGGCGAGCCUGCGGGAGUUCUGGGGACGGCGGUGGAACCUCUCGGUGCCCGCGCUGCUCCGCCAAUGCGUGAGCCGCCCCGUGCGGGCGCGCGUCGGCGGCGUCGGCGGCGUCGCCGCGGGGGUCCUCGCGGCGUUCCUCGUCUCCGGGAUCAUGCACGAGGCGAUCAUCUACUACGCCACGCUGCGUCCGCCGACGGGGGAGGCCACCGCGUUCUUCGCGCUGCAGGGGGUGUGCGCGGUGGCGGAGGGGUGGUGGGCCGCGCACAGUGGGUGGCCGCGGCCGCCGCGCGCCGUCGCGACCACCCUGACGCUGGCGUUCAUCCUGGCGACGGGGUUCUGGCUCAUCGUCCCGCCGAUCACGAGGACCGAGACCGACAAGGUGGUGAUCGCCGAGACCGAGGCCGUCGUCGUGUUCGUUCGCGACGCCGGUAGCUGGGCGGCCUCCUCCGUCCGAUCAUUUUUUACCGGUCGCUCCUAGUUCGGUACUUCGGUACGACAGAUUGCUCAUUUUGGUACAGUAACGUGGCUAGUUCGUGCGAACAUGGGCCUAAACUGUCCACCAGCAGAAACGAUCAGGCAUGAAUACAAGAUGCUAUUGCUACCUGAGUUCCUGGCAACACAUUGGCGCGCUAGCGAUUGUUUGUAGCAAGGGAUGGAUAUGGAUACAUAUUGAAUAAUGGGUAAUCUAUUCGUUGCUUUAAUUAACUAGAUGAACUAAAGUAUAAAGAAUAAAACUUUAUUUAUUUGAUCCAAAUAGAGUUGUUUAAGGAUUUGCAACUGAGUUUAUAGU